AUGGUUGAUCUAGCAACUCUACUACUUCAUGGUGACGACGAGCACAACAGGGUGACCGACGUGGCACCACCAAUUAAUGUGGCAUCUACAUUUCGCUACGACAACGAUAACUUGGUUCCCUGGAGGGAUAUAACCAACCUCGACUGUCUGGAUGAAUAUCCAGUGUACUCGAGAGAGGGCCAUCCUAACGGUGUUAGAUUGGAAGCUUUGUUCUCUCGUUUUCUCGGCGGACACGCAGUUUGCUACUCGUGUGGUCUUGGUGGAUUUUUGAGUGCCAUGGUUCAUUUCAAUCCAAAGAGAGUGUUUAUGGAUCAAUGCUAUCAUGGUGUCCAGGGCAUUGUGGGUAUUAUGAAGCGUAACUACGGCGUAGAGAGAUAUGGCCUUGCCGACAUCGAGAAGCAUGCUCAAAAGGGUGAUAUCGUUCACGUGGAGACCCCAAUCAAUCCAUUUGGUACUUCUCUAGAUAUAAGCGAAUUAGCUCGUCGUGCUCAUGCCAAGGGUGCUUUAUUGAUGGUGGAUUCAACUUUUGCACCACCUCCACUGCAAAAUGCUUGGGAUUUCGGUGCUGAUAUGAUCAUGCAUUCUGCCACUAAAUAUUUCGGCGGUCAUUCUGAUUUGUUGAGUGGUGUUCUAGUCGUCAAGGAUAAGGAAACAGCUAGUAAAUUGAAAGAGGAUAGAAUUUGUUUGGGUUCCAACAUUUCCAACUUGGACAGUUACCUGCUUUUAAGAUCAUUGAGGACUUACGAUUUGAGAAUCAAAAGACAAUCUGAAAGUGCUACUAAGAUUGUCCAGUACUUGAAUGAUCACAAGAACGAUUUCCCUGCACUUGACAAGCUGUACCAUUCCUCUUUGCAAAGCGACGAUUUUGUCAAGAAACAGUUGAGCGGCGGCUACGGUCCUGUAUUUUCUUUAACCUUGAAGACGGAAGAGCAGUGCAAGAAAUUCUGCAGCUCUCUGAAACUUUUCCAACAUGCAACUUCCCUCGGUGGUGUAGAAUCUCUAGUCGAGUGGAGAGCUAUGUGUGAUUCAGAUAUCGAUCAGUGUCUUGUUAGAGUCUCUAUAGGAUGUGAAUCUGCAGAGGACUUGACCAAUGACUUGACCACUGUUCUAUCUCAACUAUAA